AAUGGAUUUUCCAGACCCAUCAAGCCCUGAGCUGACUGCAGAAACUGUGAGAGACAAUAAAUGAUUAUUGUUUUAAGACACAUGCUUAGGAAUAAUUUGUUGUGCAGCAAUAGAUAGCUAAUGCAAGUGUCAUCACAUAAAAUUUGAAAUACAUUUGAGUUUUUGACACUCAGAUGAACAGAACGAACAUCCUGUAUCAAGGGAAUUUUUCUAGAUUGCAAGUCAAAGAUACAGCCACUCCUGUAUUAUCAUCAAAUUCUGCAACAAAAACAUCUGUACCAACAUCAAACACAACGUCAUCACCAAAUGGUGCAGAGAAAUCAACAGUUGAAAUAUCUGCUAAAGGAGCUACCAGCAAGGAACCCUUAGAAACAUCUCUGCUGUCAACACUGUCUUCAGUAACCACAGCAGUUAAUGGAUCUACAGCCAAAGGUGUCACGAAGACUGCGUUCAUCACUACAAGAACAACAGUGAUAAAUCUUCCACUUCCAAAUGCUACUUCAACAUUACAAAGUCCCCAAUCCAAGACUGAGAUUCAGAGUUCAAUCAAAGCCACAGAAACAACAGUUAACACUCUACAACCAGAUGCGUCACCUACCAGAAUCCCUACAUUAUCCUCAAUAUCAGUAACAAUUCUGGAAAACAUCUCCCAGUCUCAAGGCACUGAGAACGCAAAAAAUGCAAGCUCUUCUUCAGCCAGCCCCUCUUAUUCCAGUAUCAUUUUGCCUGUGGUUAUUGCUUUGAUUGCAAUAACACUUUCAGUCUUUGCUUUGGUGGGUUUGUAUCGAAUGUGCUGGAAGACAGACCCAGGCACACCUGAAAAUGGAAAUGACCAACCUCAGUCCGAUAAAGAGAGUGUGAAGCUUCUCACCGUUAAGACAAUUUCUCAUGAGUCUGGUGAGCACUCUGCACAAGGAAAAACCAAGAACUGACAGCUUGAUGAAUCCUCUCCACACCUGGGCAAUAAAUAUGCUUACUCUUCAGCUUCUGUGCUCCACGGUUAGAAAGGGAGAAAGCCCUGUGGAUUCAAUCCUGACCUCCAAUCCUGCUCGCCAGUGUGCACCUGUCCCAAUAAAGUGAUGUCCAGAUGACACGCAAUAAUCUAAGAGAAUCGGAAACCAUCCUGGGCCUUUCCUGUCCUUUAAGAUGUGAAAAAACACAUUACCACAUUUUAUAGGAACAUUCCUAGGGAAGGGAAUUUUAGGAGGGGCAUCUGUGAGCAGGUAACCUGACAGCCCAGGCAGGUGCCUUCACUGAUGAAAUGACUGUCCCUUGAGUUUAAAGUUUUCAGAACUAACAUUUCUUAUCCACGGAGACUUUCCUACUUUCUCAGUGUUCUUUUAUUACCUAACAUUUGUAUUUAUUGUUUUCUACUAUGUUAAUGCAGGGAAAAUUUGCAAGUGUAUUAUUAAAUAUUGGGUCAAAAUCCUGCCAUGCCACUUUGUACAUAAAGAUAUUUUAUUCAUACUUACAUGUGUUACUUUUCAUGAAUAAUUGCUGUACUCAACACACUAAAAAUAUGAUAAUAUGACUGUGAAAAUGGCAAUGAUAUUGUCUUCCCAUAAUUAUAAGUAUUUUUGGAUUAUUAGACUAUGAGAACUCACUAAUGAAAGGCAUCUAAUAAGUGAGAAAGGGACAAAGGAUUCACGUAUCAGACCCUGUUCAAGGGAAGUCAAUUUACCAUUUCUUUGGUCUUUCUUUUUGUAAUUCACACUAUGUGACAAGGAUGUAAGGGCAUUUAUGACACUGUACUGCAUUCAUUAUGAAGAUAACAGUACUGUGAUUUUUCAUAAUCGAUUUGAUUGACACUAUCUCUGUGCAUUUUUAUUUUCUUUUAGAAAUGUACUGAUUUGUUCUACCAAUCAUUCUUAAAUCUCCAGUUUGUAGAAACCAACAUUUCAUAAAUACAUAAUUGUGAUAUUAUUUUUCAGUGUAUCACUUUCCUAAAAAUACCAUAUGAUUAUAGCUGCCGCUCCAUCAGGGUCAAAUUCUUCUGUUGAAGGCUGAAUGAUAAACCUUGACCACUCCUUGGACACAAGGGAUCAAGACAUCAUGAUGGCUGAAGUUCUGUGGAAAGUUCUGGAACAAAAACGCUGCCAGGGGCAGCUCUUUAACUUUUAUGAUUGCCUAAGCUGAUUUCGGUGCUAAAUUAUCCUAGUGAUACAAGGACAAUGUAGUAGAGACAGAGGGUACAUUUAAAACUACCUUUUACAAUUUAUUUUGUUGCAGUGUAUUUUAAAAUGUUCAGCGUUGAGGAUUAUAUGAAUAAUCACUUUGGUUUUUGCUCCCUGAUGUCUGCACGACUUCUAAUCAAGGACACCAAACAAGAAUACUUAUAUUUUUUUACUGGUGCCUCUUUAUGUUUCUUUGAGAAGAAAAAUGGGGAAUAAAAAAUAAAAAGAACAACAGGGUAUAGAAAAAGGCUAGGAUCUCCAGUACCUACACUUUCCCUUGAGGGAUGCUUUGCCCAUGCUUAACUCUAACCUAGAAGUCUUUAAAUGGGUGCAGCAGUGGCUAGAGCAUGCCAACCAUGGAGCAUUUGUCUUCAAAAGAAAAAUAUUCCAACACCCCCAGAAUGCUUUACAGAGCAAAAGCAUUGUUACACAGAAUGUAGUAAAGAUACAAACUCUUCUGCAAUUUAAAUUACUACAAGUGAUAUGCUAUUUUGACUUCUAGAAAAACCAUUUUCUUGACCUUAAUAAAUAUUGUUCGAAGGGAGUUUAUAAGGAUCAGGAAGAAGGAAAGCUUUUUAAACAUAAUGAAAGAAUGAAAUUCACUCUAGUUCAAGAAUUAUACAUAAGGAAUAUGCUUUAUACUUACAACUAUAGCAUUAAAUCUUUAAAAAGUCAAAGUGAUAAGAGGAUUGAGAUAUUUGCAGAGAUAUUCAUGGCAUUUUGUAAAGUCAAUCUCAAAGGUAAUGUCUGCAUUUUUAUAAGUCAACUUGAAUGUCUGUUGAAAUAAGGCACUUGGUUUUCAAGCCAAAAUUAUCAUUAAUCAGAUGUUUUUUUAAUUAUCUGAUUUAGAUGAUUUACUUUUUUUUGAAGCCCCCCCACCCCACCCUCGCCCCUACUAUUUUUAUGCCUGAUUUCUUAAAGUUUUUUAUUCUGAUAUACAGUUCAAAUGUCACUGCAGCCAAGGAAAAAAUGUAUUUAGAUCAAAGGCAAACCUUUCUGUGUGUUUGUUUUGCAUGACAAUAUGAAUAUAAUUUAAGUCUAUCAAUAGUCAAAACAUAAACAAGAGCUAA